AUGAGAUGCCCUGAUGCACUAAAGUUGGUUUACUCGGUGUACAUGCUGGAGGGUGAAGCCGAAGAUUGGAAAGCUAGGGAAAGGAAGCAGAAUGAGUAUAAUAAUUUGAAGCAGGGGUCGAUGUCAAUUGACCAAUAUUUUGCCAAGUUCAAUGAAUUGGUGAAAUAUGCUAAUUACGGGAGAGCUUUACCUACUUCAGCCGAGAUGACCUCCAAGUAUCAAUGGGGUCUAAAUAAGAAGAUGACUCGGAAGAUGUCAAACUGUGACAUUAGAGAGUUUAGCAAGUUCGUGAAUCAGUGUCGAAAAAUAGAAGAAGUUUAUAGUGUGACGAAAAACAAGAAACCUUCUGAGGCACAUGUGUCUGAUACCAGUAGAGCAACUGGCUCUAGUUCAUUGAAAAAUAAAAAGAUGAAGGGCAAGAAGCCGAAUGUGAACAAUUUGUUGGAUAGGUUCAAGAAGCCCGGGAACCAAAGAAACUUUGUUGAUAGAGGACCUCCUCCAAAGUGUAGAGGAUGCGGAAAAGAGCAUCGAGGUCCGUGUGCCACGGGUGAAAUUAUUUACUACAAGUGUGGAAGAUCUGGCCAUUACUCUAACCAGUACCCUCAAAAUGAAGUAAGGACUAUGACAGGUGAGGCUGUUGUCGUUCCUGUUUCGGUUGUUCAAUGA